UUUUCCUCCACUUCUUCUUCUCCUCCGAUCACACCUUCCUCCACUUCUUCUUCUCCUCCGACCACACAAUCCUCCACUUCUUCUUCUCCUCUGAUCACACCUUCUUCCGCUUCUUCUUCUCCACCGACCACACCUUAUUCCACUUCUUUUUCUCCUCCGAUCCAACCUUUCACCACUUAUUCUUCUCCACCGACCACACGAUCCCCCACCUCUUCUUCUUCUCCGACUACACGAUCCCCCACUUCUUCUCAUCCGACCACACGAUCCUCAACUUCUUCUUCUCCUCCGACUACACGAUCCUCAACUUCUUCUCCUCCUCUGACUACACAAUCCUCCACUUCUUCAUCUUCUUCUCAUCCGACCUCACGAUCCUCAACUUCUUCUUCUCCUCCAACUACACGAUCCCCCACUUCUUCUUCUCCUCCGACCACACGAUCCUCAACUUCUUCUUCUUCUCCGACUACACGAUCCCCCACUUCUUCUUCUCCUCAGACUACACGAUCCUCCACUUCUUCAUCUUCUUCUCCUCUGAUAACACCUUCCUCCACUUCUUCUCCUCCUCCGACUACACAAUCCUCCACUUCUUCAUCUUCUUGUCCUCCGACCACACCUUCUUCCACUUCUUCUUCUUCUCCGACUGCACGAUCCUCCACUUCUUCUCCUUCUCCUCCGACCACACCUUCCACCACUUCUCAGCCCGCAAGACGGACGCUUCGUUCACCUCUGUCGCCAUUGGACUGUUAA